AGGAAACAUCGGUAUCACUGACGCAGACUGCGGCCGCCGCCGGAAGAGGAGCAGCGAGUGUCCCAGUCAGCGCACAGUAGUAGCGGCAACGCUAACGUUCGCCCCUAGCGCUGUAGCACGCUCGUAAACAGGUUAUCCAGAAUCUCAAGAAAGUCGAGCUAACGAAACUAAGCCAUGCCGGCCAAUUUUCGAGAUGAAGAACCAGACAAUCCCGCUUCAGACGCGACACAGCCAGACAUGAUGACUAAAGCAGCGCUGGUACAUGAAGAAGAUAGACUGUACCCCCCGUGUUCAAGCGCAAGCUGUUCAGAUGCCGGCAGCAGCACCUCUGUAGUAUUUGGACACGAGCUGACUGGAACUUCACUAACACCUGCAGCGAGCUCAGAGGCGAAGAGCAGGAACUCAGCUACAUCUCGAGACGAGGAGAAGGGAUUUCCAGCAACACAUGCGGCAGAAUCAGACACCGAGGAUAAGAUGACAAUCGCAUUUGAUGACGAUGCGUCGUCAACUACAACUUCAGAAGAUUCGGAGGCUGAUAACUAUUGCUACGGUGGAACUUCUCGCAAGCCGCAGUCAGACCGUCCACCGCCGUACAUCGACCUCCUACAGGAAUCAAAGCCGAAGCCCCCACCGGCGUUUGAAGCGGAUCCUGUGCGUUACAUCUUAGGAAUGAAGCUGCCUAUCGCCGACAGCGGGUUCUGCGCCUGCAACCACCUGUCUUCCGCCUACUCUACGGUCUUCUUCAUCAUUUGUUACGCCUCUUUCCUGAUAGCUGAUGCCUGUCAUGAGAUAACGCCCAUUGUUCGAUGUCUCUACGCCUACAAAUUCCAACUUUUCCUCUCGAAGGAGCAGCAGUACGUCUUACACGGAUGGACAGGAGUGUUGCUGAUUAUCUCCGCUUUUUUUCUGUGGCUUGGUAUUUUCCUUAGGAGCCGAUCGAUGCUGAUGGUGUGGCUGCUGGUGAUGCUGGUGUACGUCGUGAUGGGCCUGGUGGUGUGGCUGCUUGGCAUGCUCCUCAGCUUCGCGGCGGACGGCUGGAACACGCACUCCACCAUCGCCGUCUCCGCCGGCUUCCUGGAUAUCGGCCUGGAGUUCUACCUGCUGCACAUGGUGUACAGCUACAACCGCUACAUGCACGACGAGGCGCCCAAGGUGCAGUACUACGACCCGCAGUUGGCGGCCGCCCGCGAGGUGGAGCUGGCGCGCCUGGGCUACCGCGAGGUGCACAUCCUGGGCAUCCCCAUCACCGCGCCCAUCACCCCCACCGAAGAGCCCAGCUGGCGGCCAGGCUCGCAAGUGAUGAUCAUCUGAACACGUCUCGCAGCAUCGUCACAUCCCACUUUCCGCAAGAUCUCGCCAGUCUGCUGCCACAACGCAUGAGCUGUUUAGACCUCCCGCAGAGACUGUAUCUGAUUCUGAAUCACAAUUUUUGGUCUUAAGUUCUGCAUUUCUUCCCCACUUUCACUGAGGGUAGAUAUGUUCCCAGCGAAUCUUAUCACUGAUAUCAUUUCACUCUGAGUUUGAAUACCACUCCUGACCUUUCCUUUUUCCUUCAACGUACAGGUUGAUCGUUUCUAAUACGAGCGCUUCGUUCUUGUUCUAUUUCUAUUUUUUCACCACAGCUCAAGUACAUUUUAUGUAUUAGCCGUUUUUCCCUGUAGCUUACACCUGCUUCCCUGAUAAUAUCAACUUAUCUGCCAUAUGUGCUGCCACGCUACGAAAGCUUCACCGCAAAUCAACAUUCAGCUUCUACCUUCCCUCGCACACACGAAGGGAUCUCUCACUUCCACUUACAUUUGAGAGACGGCGUUUCGAGAGUUACCAAUGUGCAGCAAUGUGCAAUGGUGUGAAGGUGAGAGAAAAAGAGCGAGAGAGACAGAGCGAGAGACUCUCCUGCUUCGGUAAAAUUUUAGCUUUUUUCCAAAAACAAAUACAGUAGAUUCGGAGGCCGAAUGAGUUUUCAUCAAACUGUAAAACUGCUUCACUUGAGAAAUGGGUACGAAUUAUGACUGAAUAUAUGACUUAAGAUUCAACGGUUCUCCAAUGACAACACACUUCACCAUCGUAAGGAGUAAUUUCCGAAAAGGAAAUGACGUUGUGCGUUAUCUGGAUAUUGAUUCUCUUACAAGGAGACGGCACGACCGUGGGGCCCGGGAUUGGUCCGAAAUUUUGUGUGGUGAAAGAGGACUCCUAACACCUCACGUGGUUAAAAUAUUAGGACGCACUACUCCGAAAAUCCCGAGAAAAAUCGAUCCAAAGUUUCUUAGGUGCCUUAUGAGUGUAACAUGCUAGUCCACUGCCGAGCCGCCGUCUGGCCUACAUGGUUAGCGUUCGGACCCUUACCCAAAAGGUCUCGGGAUCGAUUCCUCCUCCGGCACUUUUUUUUCUUCUGUUGCUUGCAAAAUUGCAGCGUAUUGUUACAGGAGAAUCGUGAAAUCAAUUCCCGGGAAGACUGUAUAAAAAUUAAUUCUAUAAUUCACCAUCAGUUAUCGUCACCAAUAUUCCGAGACAUGAUUCAAUAUGCCUGGUUUGCCUCAAAAUUGUCAGAAACUCAAAACAUUUUCGUAAAUGUUAAUGGGGCAUAUUUUUGUACCGAUUUAUUGCAAACGCCCUGUGAGUGUAUAAAAUCCGCUUUUAUAUGUUGCGCAAGAUGUCGCAAAAAUUAUUGCUUUGUUUGUUUUUACGAUAAUUACCACUGCAGUUCUUGUUUAUAAUUAUUAUAUGUAUAAAAAUUGAAUGUUUCCCAAUCUAAUUUGUUAUUCUGAUUAAAAACCCAAUGAUUCUCCUUAUAUACUUUACAAUGAAAAACGAAAAACCCACCGCCAUGAAUUGCGUUGUUGGACAAAAAGGAAAUAAUUUUUAUUCAAUAAUGUAACUAACUUGUUAAAGAUAAUGUAGGUUUGGGAAACCUUCUGAAUAAUAGGUGGAAUAACAAAAGAAACUGAAAAAAAGUGCCAGAGAAGGAAUAGAACCCGAGACCUCUGGCGUAAGAGUCCGAGCCCCUAAACUUCUAGGCCAGGCGGCGGCUCGUCAGUGGACUAACAUUUUAUACUCAUAAGGCACUUAAGAAACUUUGGAUCGAUUUUCCCAGGAUUUUCCGGGUAGUUCGUCCUAAUAUUUUAACCACGUGAGGUGUUAGGAGUCCUCUUUCACCACACAAAAUUUCGGACAAAUCCCCGACCCCACGCUCGUGCCGUCUCCUUGUUAGUUCGCGAUAGUUGUAAUCUUCCUGCAAUCUCCAGACGUUUAUACUCUAUCGAAAGUAAAGUAAUACGAGUAAAAGUAUCCAUAAACGUAGUUCAGAUUCCUAUGUCAGUAUAUGUGUAAUCUUUUACCCCUUUCAUGAGGGCAUAGUUCAUGUAUUCUAUAAUUGUCAGUAUUUCUCAUUCAUUCGACAUUUACCCCACCCUCAGAAAAAAGAAUACUUAUAUCUCGACUUUCCCGACUGAUACUGACUUCGAAGCUACAUUUCAAAACUAAAACCUUCUCUCUCCUGUACCAGUUAACCUACUCCAGCUCCACACAUCGAUUUACUAGACAUUUUAAUAGGACUAUCAACCUGUGCUGUUAUUUUAUGUCUAAGAUAUGCGUUCUUACUGUUAACAGAGAUAAACAAAACAGAGAGAAUUUACAGAAAGAAAUACGUAAGGCACUGGCAAAUGAAGCGAUCACUGUGCCUUUGGGUGGUUCUUCAGUCGUUCAGAAAGUGGACACGGGCUCCCAGUCCAGUUUCGAAAUAUCGUUCUUUUAACAAGAACUGACAACACAUUCCUCUGCAUUGAUAUUAAUGUCGUUACUACUUCUUUUUAAUUCCGUAUACUAAAAUCGCAAAAGAAUUGUAUUAAACAUUACUGAAUUACAUAUUAAGUACUUUAUUACAUAUUAAUUACUUCAUUGA